AUGAGUCUGACCUCGCGAGUGUUCGGCCUGUUCUCGACAACACCGAACUCCGACCCGACUGCGACCUCCGCGAGCGACCUGCCUGCCUCCCACACAAAUACGACGCCCUCAUCAUCAAGCGCUUUCAAAUAUGAUCUAGGCUCCGGCGCCAGCCGCCAUGCGCAGGAGGGCGCAAUGUGGGAAGAGGAGGAGCCCCGUCCGCCGUAUCUUCAUGCGAUGCUGGCAGGCGGAACUGGAGGAUCAUGCGGCGAUAUGCUAAUGCAUUCAUUGGAUACCGUCAAAACCCGGCAGCAGGGUGAUCCAACUUUCCCACCCAAGUACACAUCGAUGGGCUCUUCGUAUGCGACUAUCUAUCGCCAGGAAGGAUUCUGCCGAGGUCUCUACAGUGGAGUGACACCUGCCUUUUUGGGUUCCUUUCCAGGCACCGUGAUCUUCUUCGGAGUAUACGAGUUCACCAAGCGGUUGAUGCUGGAUUCAGGAAUCAAUCCCAGCUUGUCAUACCUGUCUGGUGGUUUCUUCGCCGAUUUGGCUGCUUCCGUUGUCUAUGUACCAUCCGAGGUGCUCAAGACUCGACUUCAACUGCAAGGUCGAUUCAACAAUCCUCACUUCAACUCGGGCUACAACUACCGCGGUACCACCGAUGCCUUCCGAACCAUCAUCCGUCAAGAGGGAUUAUCCGCUCUCUUCCACGGCUACAAGGCCACCAUUUUCCGUGAUCUGCCUUUCUCCGCGCUGCAAUUCGCCUUUUACGAGCAAGAACAGAAGAUGGCAAAGGAAUGGGUUGGCAAGCGCGAUAUUGGACUGGGACUCGAGAUUGCGACUGCUGCCACCGCCGGUGGUAUGGCGGGUGUGAUCACUUGCCCUCUGGAUGUUGUCAAAACCCGCAUCCAGACCCAGCAGAACCCUCCGGAGCACCCACCAAGCUCAUCGGGCACAAAGAUCUCCCAUGAUCACGCUCCCAAGGAAAGCCCUCGGCCACACGCCCCGAGCUCAUCGCAUUCUCAAGCUUCUCGCGCACACUCUCGACCCAUCUUCACAUCUUCUCCCUCCACCUCCGUGCCACCACCCGGCACUCCGCGGUUGGAUACCUCGUCCGUCUUUACCGGGCUCAAGAUGAUAUACCGUACCGAAGGGAUCGCAGGGUGGUUCCGGGGCGUGGGCCCGCGCGGUGUGUGGACCAGUAUCCAGAGCGGGACCAUGCUGGUCAUGUAUCAGUACCUGCUCAAACAACUGGAGGCGUACCAGGCCCUAGAGGAUUGGUCUCCUCUGUAG